CGCGCUGCAUUGUGGGGCGCGUAGUGCCUGGCUCUGCGCUGGCGGAGUGGGCCAGCCCCGCGGGAGAGGCCGUGGCCAAGUGCUUAGGGACGCGGGCUCAUAGUCCCAGUGUCCAAGCAAUACUCGGCCUAGGGACGUGGAGUGGCUUGUGGGGCGUCCCAGCUCUGCCACAGAGGCUUCCGUGGAGAAAAGCAUCGUAUCCCAGCACCGCAGGCUGUCAUCGCUCACAGGGGCUGGCUGAGACCUUGAGAUGCGCAGAGUGGGCUUUGCCUCACAGACCCACACAGCCUGCGUUUCAGCCAGCCUGUGUGCCCUCUGAGAAUAGGCCGUCAUGCCCAAGAUAACCCUGAGCGGGGUGACCGUGGAUUUCCCUUUCCAGCCGUACAGAUGCCAAGAGGAGUACAUGAGCAAGGUCUUGGAGUGUCUCCAGAAGAAAGUGAACGGCGUCCUGGAGAGCCCCACCGGCACUGGGAAGACCCUGUGCCUUCUCUGCACCACGCUGGCCUGGCGGGAGCAUCUCCGAGAUGCCGUCUCCGCCCGCAGGAUUGCCGAGCGGGUGCGUGGGGAGCUCUUUCUGGAUCGCCCCCUGUCGUCCUGGGGGAACGUCGCCUCGGAAGGAGACGUCCCAGCAUGCCACGCGGACCUCCCGAAGAUCAUUUAUGCCUCCAGGACCCACUCCCAGCUCACGCAGGUCAUCAGCGAGCUUCGCAACACCUCCUACCGGCCCAGAGUGUGCGUGCUGGGCUCCCGGGAGCAGCUGUGUAUCCACCCCGAAGUGAAGAAGCAGGAGAGUAACCAUAUGCAGGUCCACUUGUGCCGCAAGAAGGUGGCGAGUCGCUCCUGUCACUUCUACAACAACGUGGAAGAGAAGAGCCUGGAGCAGGAGCUGGCCACCCCGAUCCUGGACAUCGAGGACCUGGUCAGGAGUGGGAACAAGCACAAGCUGUGCCCGUACUACCUGGCGCGGAACCUGAAGCAGCAGGCAGACAUCAUCUUCAUGCCCUACAACUACCUGCUGGACGCCAAGAGCCGCCGGGCGCACGGCAUUGACCUGAAGGGGACGGUGGUGAUCUUCGACGAAGCUCACAACGUGGAGAAGAUGUGCGAGGAGGCCGCGUCCUUUGACCUGACGCCCCACGACGUGGCUUCAGGCCUGGACGUCAUCAGCCAGGUGCUGGAGGAGCAGACCAAGGCGGCCCAGCAGGCCGGGCUCCAGCUGGGGGUCGGCGAGGGCUCCCCCAGCACAGGGUUGAACUUGGAGCUGGAAGACCUUGCUAAGCUCAAGAUGAUCCUGCUUCGUCUGGAGGGGGCCAUCGAUGCCGUGGAGCUGCCUGGAGGCGACAGCGGUGUCACCAAGCCAGGGAGCUACAUCUUUGAGCUGUUUGCUGAAGCCCAGAUAACGUGCCAGACCAAGGGCUGCAUCCUAGACUCCCUGGACCAGCUCAUCCAGCACCUGGCAGGACGCACCGGGCUGUUCACCAACACGGCGGGGCUGCAGAAGCUGGCGGACAUCAUCCAGAGCGUGUUCAGUGCGGACCCUGCCGAAGGCGGCCCCGGGUCAGCGACGGGGCCGGGGUCUCAGUACUACAAGGUGCACAUCCACCCUGAUGCUGGGCCCCGGAGGACCGCCCAGCGGUCAGAUGCCUGGAACACCACAGCGGCCAGAAAGCAAGGGAAGGUGCUGAGCUACUGGUGCUUUAGCCCCGGCCACAGCAUGCGAGAGCUGGUCCGCCAGGGCGUCCGUACCCUCAUCCUCACGAGCGGCACGCUGGCCCCUGUGUCCUCCUUUGCCCUGGAGAUGCAGAUCCCUUUCCCAGUCUUCCUGGAGAACCCACAUGUCAUCGACAAGCACCAGAUCUGGGUGGGGGUCAUCCCCAGAGGACCGGACGGGGCCCAGCUGAGCUCCGCCUUCGACAAACGGUUCUCUGACGAGUGUUUGUCCUCCCUGGGGAAAGCGCUGGGCAACAUCGCCCGCGUGGUCCCCCACGGGCUCCUGGUCUUCUUCCCUUCCUACCCGGUCAUGGAGAAGAGCCUGGAGUUCUGGCAGGCCCGCGACUUCACCAGAAAGUUGGAGGCCCUGAAACCUCUGUUUGUGGAGCCACGGAGCAAAGGAGGCUUCUCGGAGGUGAUGGCUGCCUACUAUGCCAGAGUUGCUGCCCCAGGCUCCAGCGGGGCGGCCUUCCUGGCUGUGUGCCGGGGGAAGGCCAGCGAGGGGCUGGACUUCGCCGACGCGAAUGGCCGUGGAGUGAUGGUCACGGGUCUCCCGUACCCCCCACGCCUGGACCCCCGGGUGGUCCUCAAGAUGCAGUUCCUGGAUGAGAUGAGGGGCCAGGGCGGGGCCGCGGGCCAGUUCCUCUCCGGGCAUGACUGGUACCGGCAGCAGGCGUCCAGGGCUGUGAACCAGGCCAUCGGGCGGGUGAUCCGGCAUCGCCAUGACUACGGGGCCGUCUUCCUCUGCGACCACAGGUUCGCCUAUCCAGAUGCCAGAGCCCAGCUGCCCUCCUGGGUGCGCCCACACGUCAAGGUGUAUGACAGCUUUGGCCACGUCGUCCGAGACGUGGCCCAAUUCUUCCGAGUUGCUCAGAAAACUAUGUCGCUCCUGGCGCCCCGGGCUGCUGUCCCGGGUCUGGGCACAGAAGAGGGCUCUGCGGCAGUGGCCAUGUCCCCCAGCCCCCUCCCCACCAGGAAGGCCAUGAGUCUCGACGUGCACGUCCCGAGCCUGAGACAGAGACACUCGGGCUCGCCAGUCACCGCGGAUGCCGAGGGCAGCCUGUGCGUGGAGUAUGAGCAGGAGGCGGUCCGUGCCCAGUGCAGGCCCAGGGGGCUGCUGGCCGCCCUGGAGCACAGCGAGCAGCUGGCCGAGGGGCCUGGGGACAAGGCCAUCCCCGGGGAGGAGGAGGCACACUGUCCCACUCUCCUGGCCCCUCGUGAGAAGAGACCAGCGGAUGAACAGAGAGGCAAGAGGAAGAAGGUCAGGCUGGUCAGUGGCCCGGAGGAGCCGGCAGCCUGUGCGGAGACGGGCAGGGCCAAGCUGUUCAUGGCAGCCGUGAAGCAGGCGCUGAGCCAGGCCAGCUUCGAUGCCUUCACCCGGGCCCUGCGGGACUACAAGAGCUCCGACGACCUGGCAGCCCUGGCGACUCGACUCGGCCCCCUCUUUGCCGAGGACCCCAAGAAGCACAGCCUGCUCCGAGGCUUCUGUCAGUUCGUGCGGCCCCACCACAAGCAGCAGUUUGAGCAGGUCUGUCUCCAGCUGACGGGCAGAGACUGCAGCUCUGGAGCCGAGCAUGGCCUUCCCCAGAAGCAGGGGGCACGACCAGCCCUGGACCCCAGUGGUCGGAGGGAGCCCGACCCCACACUGACCCUGUCCCAGGCUGCAGCCGGGCAGCUGGACUCCAGUGCGCACCUGAACCAGGGCCGGCCCCACCUGGCCUCCGGGCCAUUCCCCAAAGGAGACCCUGGCCGCCCUCCGCAAGCGGGGUCUGGAGCCCCUGGAACAAAGAAGCGGGGCCCCCCGGCCGUAAGCGCCUACCUGGCCGAUGCCCGCAGGGCCCUGGGGGCCGCAGGCUAUAGCCAGCUCGUGGCAGCGCUGACCACCUACAAGCGGGAUGACGACUUCGAGAAGGCGCUGGCCGUGGUGGCCGCACUCACCACCUCGAAGCCCGAGGACUUGGCUCUGCUGCAGAGGUUCGGCAUGUUUGUUCGGCCGCAUCACAAGCAGCGCUUCCGGCAGACGUGCGCCGACCUGACCGGCCAGGCUGCCGCGGUCUCGGGCUCCCGGAUGCCAGAGUCCCAGGAAGGAAGCCCUGCCGGGCCUCCUGACCUCGCCCCCGGGGCCGCCGGGCCAGGCGCCCCACCACCGGAGACACCGGGGAAGACCCAGAGGAAGAUCUCCGCCUUCUUUAGACAGAGGCCGGCUGGGGCUGCGGGGCCCCCCAGCCGGCCCCCCACUCCCCCCCGCGGGCAGGCGCAGCCGCAGUGGGUGGGCUUGGUGUGUCCCCACUGCAGGGCAGACGACGUGGUCACUUUCCAGUGCCCCUCCUGUGACUUCCACUGCUGCCAGGCCUGCUGGCGACAGCACCUCCAGGUCUCUAGGUCAUGCCCGGCCUGCCACGCUGCCACCAGAAAGCAGAGCCUCGCACAGGUGUUCUGGUCGGAGCCCCAGUGACAGUGGAGACCCUCCUGCUGCGGGGUCGGUGGGGGCUGAGGCUGUUCUCCCUGGGGCACAGCUUGGACACUCGCCUGUGGGCUGCGGGUGGGCCUGACACCAGAAACCGCUUGGCCAAGAGCCCACCUGACAGGCCAGUGCAGUGAGCGUGGGGCCCCCCUGAGAGCGUCCCCAGAGCUGCCUCAGGCCACAGGAAGGAAGGUGCCUCCCCAGAAGGUCCCUGGCCCCUGGCUUGCGGGUGGGGCCCAGCUGAUCCCAAGAGCAGGAAGGGAGGCCACCCUGUUCCUCCUCUCUGGGGGACCUUCUAGGGGCCCGUGUUACUCAGGGGACAGGGCUUUAAUAAAGUUGCUGGCACUACAGGGGUGGACGGGGUCUGUGUGGCCUGGGCCUGGUGGUGGGGUUGGAGGGCGCCAGAGAGGAUGGGGCCUUUGGGCAGUCUGUCUCCGACCUGGUUUCAGGGGAGGGGACUCCAGCGCCUCUGUCCCACUUUGUCCAGAAGAGGGGGGGGCGCCGGGGCCCCCCCAGGACCGCUCUGGGGAGAAGGGGGCAUCCCCUGGGACAAAGCCCGCUCUCCCCCGCCCCCGCCCCCCCAGGCAGGGAGUUGCUGCCCCGGGCGGGGAGGGGAGGGGCUCCGCGGGGGCGUGGCCAGCCCGGCCCUUAUAGGACGCGCGGUCCGGCCGCCGGCGCCGCCGCAGCAGCCAGACCAUGAGGGCCCCUCCGUGGCCGUGGCCGUGGCCGCUGCCCGCCCUGCUGCUGGCGUUCACAGCGCGCGGGGAGGCGGCGAACGCACCCACCUACCCGUGGCGGGACGCGGAGACCGGGGAGUGGCUGGUGUGUGGCCAGUGCCCGCCGGGCACCUUCGUGCGGCGGCCUUGUGGCCCGGACAGCCCCACGACGUGCGACGCGUGCCCGCCGCGCCACUACACGCAGUUCUGGAACUACCUGGAGCGCUGCCGGUACUGCAACGUCUUCUGCGGGGAGCGCGAGGAGGAGGCGCGGCCGUGCGGGGCCACCCACAACCGCGUCUGCCGCUGUCGCCCCGGCUUCUUCGCGCAUGCCGGCUUCUGCCUGGAGCACGCGCCCUGCCCGCCUGGCGCCGGCGUGGCGGCCCUCGGCACCCCCAGCCAGAACACGCAGUGCCAGGCGUGCCCCCCGGGCACCUUUUCAGACAGCAGCUCGAGUUCGGAGCAGUGCCGGCCCCACCGCAACUGCACGGCCGUGGGCCUGGCCGUCAACGUGCCGGGCUCCUCCUUCCACGACGCCCUGUGCACCAACUGCACGGGCUUCCCACUCGGCUCGCUGGAGCGGGGGGCGCCGGGGACCGAGGAGUGCGAGCGCGCUGUCGUCGACUUCGUAGCUUUCCAGGAUUUGUCCUCCAAGAGGCUCCUGCGGCUGCAGCAGGCCCUCGCCGGCCCAGGGCCGCUGAGUCCGCCGCCGCCGAGGGAGGACCGCGCGGCCCUGCAGCUCAGGCUGCUGCGACAGCUCACGGAGCUCCGUGAGGCGCGGCCCGGGGCGCUGGUGGCGCGGCUGCUGCCGGCGCUGCGCACGGCCAGGCUGCCGGGGCUGGAGCGCGGAGUCCGCGCGCGCUUCCUCCGGGCGCGCUGAGCGCCCUCCCCGUUAUUUAUUCGCGCCCCGUCCCAGCGCCCCCUGUGCCGCAUCGAAGGAGGCUUCUGCCCCGGCUCGGGCGGCGCUAACUUUAUUUUUAUAAAGCCGAUUCCUAAAGGA